AUGACUACCACCACUACCACAUCUUCAAUUAGCCUCUUAACGACCAUAACCGAGUCCCUAACAUCAGCAACCUCUUCAUUCCCCGCCGCACAACCAGACUCCCCCCCAUCCCUCCUCCCACCAUCAGCGGACGGGAUAUCGCUCCUCGACACCAAGAACGACCUCCUCCUGUCGUACCUGCAGGAUCUCGUUUUUCUGAUCGUUCUCAAGCUCAGACAUCACAACGGUGGGGUUUUAUCGGAUGGUGAUAGUGGCUGCGUAGCGAUUGGUGAUGAAGUGGUGCGGAAACUGGUCGAGACGCGCGUCUAUCUCGAGAAGGGGGUGCGGCCACUGGAGGGACGGUUGAGGUAUCAGAUUGAGAAGGUGGUGCGGGCGGCGGAUGAGGUCGAGCGGUCUGCUGAGCGAUCGAAGAAUGGACGGAGGGGGGGAACUAGCAAUGGAAUGAGAACUACAGAGGGUUCAGAUGCGUCGAAUUCCGACUCGGAUUCCAGUUCCGGGUCUGCAGGCUCAGAGGAUACUACGGCUUCUCAUGAAGACGGAACGCAGCCGGAGAUAGAUGACCUCUCCUACCGCCCUAAUCCAAGCGCCCUGCUCCGGAGAUCGCACCCCUCUGACUCCAUCAAAUCCACCUCCCGCAGCAGCGGUGCCUACAGACCCCCUCAAAUCGCACCCACAUCUAUGUCCACAACCAGCACCACCAACGUCGCCUCUCGUUCCGCCCUUGGAAACCGCAAAUCCCACCUCCUGGACGAGUACAUCUCCACCGAACUCUCCUCAAACCCCCGCGCCGAACCCUCCAUUGGCUCAAACAGCACCAUUCUGAAUCGAGGCCGUGGCGCGCUGUCUACGCGGGAGCGGGAUAAGGAGAGAGAGAGGACGGAGUAUGAAGAGAGAAACUUUUCGAGGUUGCCGAGGGAAAGUAAGGCGGAGAAGCGGAAGAAUAUGGGGCGAGAUGGGGGAAACGCUAGGAGGGAGGGGUUUGGAGGGGAGGAUUGGACGGGGUUGGGAGAGGUAGGAGAUCGGGUGGCGAGGAGCAUAGGGAGUGGGAGCGGGAAGGGGGGUGUGCUAGAGAGGAGGGAGAAGAGGAGGAGAGUAGGUGGGGAUGUCAGAGUAGGUGGUGGCGGUAGUAGCGGGGGAAUUGGUGAGGGUUUUGAGAAGAUGAGGAAGAUUAUGGAGGGAAGGGCUGAGAAGAAAAGGAAGGGUAGAUAG